AUUAGCUUUCUAUCUGCUCGCCGGAGAGUCCUGAUUUCCAUUUCAUGGCCGUUGUCUUUCACGGCUUCUCCAUCCGUGAGUAUGCUUCUCAGAAGAGGAGCGUCGACGUUGCCAAGUGCUGGCCCUUCACUCAUGCCCCCGACACUAACAUAAGCGUAGAAACUGUCCAGUCUCUUCUCCCUCCCAUCACUGUCACCAAAUUCCGCUGGUGGGCGCACGAGCUCCAUCUUCUCAAUUCAUCAUCUCACCGUUGUAGUGACGUCAACUGUCCCGUCUGUGGUGGUUUCACUGCUGCUAAUGUGAACGGCUGCCUCGCUCAAGCUCCUCCGGAGGAAAGGCGUAGUCAAACAAAGCCCAAAUCAAGGAUCCCUAAGAAACGAUCCAUCGUUGAAAUUUUUGCUGUCGCGCCGCAGAUCCAUAGGCUCGACGAUGACGAUGAUAACCGGAAUUUCAAGACUGAGAGGCAAAAGACCAAGAAAAAGAAUAAGAGAGCAACAAUUGCGAGGAAGUUGAUGGUGAAGAAAAAGAAGAAACAACAGAAGUUGAAGAAGGAGCGCCUAGUCCUCAAUAAGGGUAAUACUCAGCUUAAGCUGCAAAAUCCAGUCAAGUUCACUCGAAAACAAAACAGUCUAUCAUGCAAAAAGCGAAUUGGAAAGGACAUUUCAGGUUCAGGUGCUGUUCCCAUCUAUAGAAAGAAACGAGGUUCCAAAUUCUUCUCUACAAGAAAGAAGAGCAAAGUCAUUGCAGCAUCUAAACUGAUUAUGGAGCAUAAAAAACUGGCAUCUCCUGUACGUGGAAUUCUCAAGAAUCAUAGAAAAGUUAUUUCUGGAAAGAACUCAAAAAUUUGUAACUUGCAGGGUGCCUCUCAAGCAAGUGAUCAAGGCAUUUGUCAUUCAGUUAAGCAUGUUAGUUUCUUGGUUGAGGAUGAUAUGCCUGGUGCAAUUAAGAAAACUGUUGUUUCUUUUGAGAAAUGCGUUUCUGGUUCAGAUUCCAUUCAUCCAUCAAAAAAAGGUUAUUGCACUGAAAGUGAUAAAGAGGUAGCUGCAAGCGUGACAAAUGGAAGUGAUGAUGACGGAACUAUGGUGCAAAUAAUGAUUGAGAAGCAACAGUUCCCUGGUAUCUGUGAUCAUGUUGACACGCCAAGUUUUUCACGGAAACCUGUUGGUGAGCAAGAAAAGGCAAACAAUUUUUCAGAUAAAUCUGUGUCCCUUCACCAAGUUGCACUGGAUGCUGCUGCUGGUUUUGCUUUGACUGAAACAGCCAAUGAAACGGCUCCAUUAACAUCACAAUUUACGACCAGCCAUGCUCUUUCUUACCAAGCAUUCUGUCAUUUGCCUCAGGUCAAACCAAAGAACAGCUUAUCUCUCCUACCAGAGUGGAACCAAAAGAUAGUUGCAUUUAGAGAAAAUGACAUGGAUGGGGAAGUUUUUGGUUUGCCUCUUAACUCACAUGGUGAACUAGUCUGUGUCCGUUCAAGUGGUAAAAGUGGGUUCAACCAACUAAAGUCAAGCUUAUUAAGAAGCUCUUUCAAUGGCAAUGAAAAUUUCAUCUGGCCAAGAAAUAUGGAGCAUCAUUCAAUUAUGAAAGAAAAGCAUUUUAUUCAGAGAGAAGUUCAAAAUGAUCAGUUAAACUUGUUUCAUGCACAAAAUCAUGCCAAAGAGAACCCUUGUGUACAUUCAACAGCUAUAUUGGGUCCUACUGAAUUAUCAUCUCCUGGAGAUGAAGACACUCACUGUCUAAAUUCUGAAAGGAGUAGAAACCAGUACCUCUACUUUUUGGAUUCAGAAUUUAACAUGAUGAAUUCUCUCAAUUCAUGCAAGCAAUAUGACGAGCUCCAGAACCAAAAGUGGACUGGCAUUACUCAUAGAAAGGAAAAUGCAGAUCACAUGCUCCUGAACGCUCCCUUGCCAACUAUGCGAUUGAUGGGGAAAGAUGUCACAAUUGGCAAAAGUGACAAUGGGAUGCAAGGAUUGGCAGGCAGAAAGGUCUGGACAGGUAAGGAAAUCGUGAGAGAUGAUUGUUCUACAAGGUCUGCUCGACACAAUUCUGCUUUUGAGAAACAUUUUCAGUGUGACUGGUAUUUGAAUGGAGGUUCAGGAAAGUUUAAAGAAACUUCUUUUCCACCAUUUGAAUCCAAGAACGAUCUGGCCUGUCAAAGCAAUGUAUUGAUGCAGUCUCUUGAGACUGGUUUCUUUCAGCCAGCCCACAACUUGCAAACUAGUGCAGAGUUUCAAAACAAAAACCCUACUGUCGACAGAAAUCAUAAUCCUCAAACAUACCACUUUUCUCAUGCACCCACUUCCCAUGCUAUUUUUAGCAGUGGAGUCAACUUCCUGGAGCCUUUCAUAUCAGAAACUGGAGCUGUAAGAAUCACGUCUCAACUUCCCCUAGUAACUACUCUUCACAGAAAGUGUCAAGAUCUGGAUUCUGCUGAACUUAAGUACAAGCAGAAUCUGCUCAAUGCUACACAAUCAUCUCUCAACUUUCCUUUCAUGCAUCCAGAUCAUGGUGAAAAUGUCCAACAAUUUUUGUUGCAAAGCCCCUCUAAGACCUUCAUCCCUUGGUUGUUACAAGCAACACAUGAGGUAGGGGAACCUAUUGUACCUGCGCAAUCUUUUCCAAAUGUGGCUAGUGGUACAUAUCAUCCCUGUACACCCCAAACCAACCUUUUUCCAAACCCAUCGGUGCAUCAUUCACCAAUAUUUUCAUAUGAUCACAGUCCAAUGAUCACUCACUCAUGUGGGAAGAAUCCAUUUGGGCCACCAUCUGUAUUUCACUCCCCACUCAUUCCAUCUCUUCCAAGAGAUUGCCCAGCUCCUUCUGUUAACAUGAGUCAGAGAAACAGAAUCCAGGUCAAAGACAGGAUGAAGUUAAAAGAUAUCAGGUUUCCAGAUAUGUGUCAGAAAUCAAAAAAGAGGCCUGGAGCUAAAGAAGAUUACUCGGCAAAUCCGACAAAGAUAGCUAAACUAGGAAUUCAAGAUGGUUUAGGAGGUCUCACACAGAUGGCAACAGAAAAUAUUUGUAAGAAUGUCCAGUGUAGCACCGAAUUUCUUGAAACUGAGUUCAGCAGGGAUGAAGCCAGUUGUGCAGGAGGGAUUCCGAAUGACCCUCCUUGCAAUGAGCUUGAAGCUUCUUUUGACACUGAUUCUUCCAGGGUGGAUGGUGUGGCAAGACUAGGUCCUCGUAAACUAAGUGCAGGGGUAAAACAUAUACUGAAACCUAGCCAGAAGAUGAAUAAGUGUAACAGCCGGCCAAUCCAUUCAACUAUCCCUUUUGCAUCAGUGACUGACUGUAGUAGCUUGUUGGGGUCUCAGAAGUCAACAAAAAUUUACAGGUUUUAGGUACAAGGCUUAUCCUGCUACGCAUUGUUCUUUGAUUCGGUUUAAUUCAGUUGUGCUCCAUCGAUUCUGCAGGUGAAUGUAUCUUGUAGCGGCACUUAAUGCUUGCAUCUUUCAGCACUCGCGUGGUAAUACGCAUGCAAUUGAAAUAUGUAAUCUGGUACUGUUUAAUUCAGUCUUUGUACUAAAAAUCUGUAACACUGUUGUAAACAUGGAUCUGAUCUGAGUGGAUGCUUUAAUGUGAAUUCCUCCAGCAACAAAUGUAUUCUGUUAAU